UGUUGAUUCAAAUGUUAUUUUUACAUUGAUUUGGUUUUUUGGUUGUAACGAAAACAAAAUGAAACUUGCUGAAUUCUAUCAGAAUAACAAUUAUUAUUCUUUAGAAAUAUGGAAUUGAAAAAAUAUUAGAUUAGUAAAAUUUAUGCCUGCUCUGAUCAAAUGGAUGGGAUUAUUUAUGUCUAAAAAGAGCAGUUUAGAUUUGUAUUGGGAAAGAAAUGUAUGGAAGAAUAGGAAUUUGGAUAUUGACGGUGAUUGCAUUGACACAAGGACAAAAUACAGGCCCUGACGCAGGUAAAGGGAUGGAAGAUGGUCUUCCACAAUUCGUUGUAUCAGAAUGCUACGGGGACAUUUUCAACUUUGACUGUGGUGCUGGAAACAGGAUCCGCCUCAUCCGAGAUUUUUUCGGGAAAAGCUCGAGUGGUGAUUGUUCGUACGCGAAGGGAGACUGUACGGUGACGAACCCUAAGGCGAACAGUUUGAUCCAGCGCUACUGUGCCGGGGAGAGGGUCUGCUCGUUUGUCCAAGUGGAGCAGAGGUCGUGUGCUGGCAGUUUCUCGAGCUUCCAAGAAGUUGAAUAUCAAUGUAUACCAAAUGCCUUUUCAAGAGAUAUAUGUACAGACACUAUUUAUGUUGGAACCAGUGGAUACGUAUCAUCACCUAACUUCCGGGGAAAUUACCCGCCAAAUCUAGACUGCACAUGCGCACUAACUGCGCCACCGGGUGUCCUCAUCCGUGUCGAAAUCCUGUACUUAGCUAUACACUAUAGAAGCCCAUGUUCAGAUUAUCUCCAAAUAGGAGACAAUAAACUAUGUGGGUUUUCUCACGAGACCUUUACAGAUUCGGCAUUCUUGUUAAAUUUCCAUACGGAUGAGAUUGACAGCCACCAGGGUUUCUGGAUUAACUUCAGAUCUGCUGAUGGCGAAUCAGAGGUGACCCUACAAUGUGGUGAUCCAGAGAAGAUUACCACCACAACCAGUACAACCACUACAACCGUCCCAACCACCACAACAACCCCCAGGACCACCACUCCUCCCUCUACGACAACGCAAUCAACAACCAGUACGGUGGGACGUAGGACAACAACGAUGCCCGUUAUACCAAAUGGUUCAAACCCUGUAUCUACUUUGUUACCAACAUUAUUUCCACCAGGCGGUGAUUUGGCCUCUUCCACCUCAUCAACAGUCAGUGGAGGGGGUAACCCUAACGGAGGAGGGGAAACUACGAGAGGUGGUAAUCAGAAUGGAGACACAAUGGGAGGUGGAAGUACGGGAGAAGGCAACAUGGGAGGGGGCACUGGGAAUGGCAACACAGGAGAAGGCAAUACGGGAGGGGACAACACUGGAGAUGGCAACACAGGAGGGGGCAAUAUGGGAGAUGGC